AAAUCCGUCGUCGGUCGACGCGCGGGAGGCAGUAGGCACCCCGUCGACGCAAAUUGAUCUUUCGCGCUCUCCCCUUCACCUCUCCCUCUCCCCCUCGUCCUCGAUUCUCCUGUAGAGAAGAAUGAAGGUUCCCAUGGGUCCUCCCUCUCCUAGUAACCCAAGCUCCUCCAGUACAGAUACAGAUUCCAGUUCAGACACCCAAAUGAAUCCUCAAAGUGAUCUUUCAAACCCUGUAACAAUGAAAGUUCCAAUGGGUCCUCCCCCUCCCAAAAACAUCAAUCCACCCAAAAUAGUUGAUACUAAUCUCCUUGCUGAACCACAAAUCAUUGCACAAGAAGAAACCCAAGUUAAUAAUAGCGAAACUCAUGUUCCGGAAUCGGAUAGGAAGACCCCUGAAAACAAUAAUAGUAGACCUAACUCUCGCUCCGCUUCUGGUGAAUCCCCAAGUGUUGCAGUUCCCUAUACGAUUCCCUCGUGGAGUGAAGCACCUUGUCAUCCUUUCUUCUUGGAAGUUCUCAAGGAUGGUUCUAUAAUUGACCACUUCGACGUAUCCCAGAAGGGGGCUUACAUGUUUGGGCGUGUAGAUUUAUGUGACUUUGUCCUUGAGCACCCAACCAUUUCUCGAUUUCAUGCUGUUCUUCAGUUCAAUAAAGAUGGAGAUGCAUACCUUUAUGAUAUUGGCAGUACACAUGGCACUUUUGUCAACAAGCAGCAGGUGAAGAAAAAGGAAUACAUGGGGUUGCAUGUUGGUGAUGUGAUACGAUUUGGCCACUCAUCUAGGUUGUAUAUAUUCCAAGGACCAUCUGAAUUGAUGCCUCCGGAAAAUGACCUGGCAAAUAUUAGAUAUGCAAAGAUUCGAGAGGAGAUGCAAGAUCGUGAAGCUUCACUUUUACGAGCAAGACAGCAGGCAACUCUGGCAGAAGGUAUAUCAUGGGGUAUGGCAGAGGAUGCAGUUGAAGAAGAUGAGGAAGAUGCAGAUGAAGUAACUUGGCAAACCUACAAAGGUCAGCUCACAGAGAAGCAGGAAAAAACCCGUGAUAAAAUCAUUAAAAGGACAGAGAAGGUUGCUAAUAUGAAGAGAGAAAUAGAUUCCAUUCGAGCAAAGGACAUUGCCCAAGGUGGGUUGACACAGGGCCAACAAACUCAGAUUGCUCGGAAUGAGCAAAGAAUAUCACAGAUUAUGGAAGAAAUUGAGAGCUUGGAAGAGACCCUGAAUGAAAGUAUCCAAGAAAGUAUAGGAGCACGUGCUGGAAAGGUAAUUCGUGGUAAGAAGGGAGUUACAGAGGAAGAAGAUGAAGUUCUUAGUGAUGAUGAUGAAUUCUAUGACCGGACAAAGAAGAAAAAGCCUGCAAGCCUAAAAACUGGUGAUCACCAGUCAAUUGAAACGGCUGAUACUCUUCUUGCUAAGAAAGAGGCCAUCAUCAAUGAAAUGGAAGAGAAGAAAAAGUUGCUUUUGACUGAGAAGAGUAAAGUUGCACCAGAGAUGGAGGGUGGAAAUGAUGAUGGAGAUGCACUUGAUGCUUACAUGACUGGACUUUCUUCCCAACUAGUUCUCGGUAGGACCGUGCAAAUUCAGGAUGAGCUAUCCACUCUCCAGUCUGAAUUGGACAGGAUCCUCUACUUGCUGAAAAUUGCUGAUCCAACAGGAGAAGCUGCUAGGAAAAGGGUACAGGUAUCAAAAAGUAGUCAACAAGAUAGACCUACUUCUGGCGUCACAAAACAACUUCCUGCUGAACAAAAGAAAAUCUCUACAUCAACAAAGCCCAGGAAUGGAUCCACCAUCAAGGAGGGAACUGAAAAUGCUACCAUACAAGCUAGCAAGCAACAAGAAGCUGAUCAGAAUGUUAAUGAAGCCACAGAAAGCAAGCCACCAAUAUACACAGUCUCAAAGCCCCAGUGGCUUGGGGCUACACAAGAUAUGGAAAUAAAAGAGAUCAAACAUGAUGAAGUUCCAGUAAGUGUAAAUGAACUUGACCAGUUUGUUGACUAUAAAGACAGGAAAAAGGCCUUGGGAACUGUGGAUGAGACACAGGAAAAAGAAUCUGGAAUAGAAUCUGCCGCUCCUGGUCUAAUAAUAAGGAAGCGAAAGCAGGUUGAGAAAUCCGAAGAAACUAAUGAAGCAAAACAGUCCAUGUAUUCAUCAACGGGAGCUGAAACCACAGCUGCAGAUGCUGUGGCACUAUUGUUAAAGCACAAGCGUGGGUAUUAUGCACUAGAGGGCGAGGAAAGAACUGAAAGCCAAGACACUAAAGGUGGAAUGGAAUCUAGAAAGGAUAAUGCAAGGCCUAGAAGAGUGCUAGGUCCUGAGAGACCUGCCUUUCUUAACAGUAGUCCAGAUUAUGAAUCAUGGAUGCCUCCUGAAGGACAAUCUGGUGAUGGACGGACUUCAUUGAACGACCGUUAUGGUUACUGAUUAAGUACUCCAAUAGUUUCAUUUUUGUUUAAUCCAUCUUAACUAUAUCGAACCGCCAGCAUGGUCAUAUUUUAUAUUGGCGUGCACUGAACAUCUGGUACCCUUGGCGAGGUUCAAUGGGUUUGGAAGUGACGAACAUAGGCUGCAGAUGUAUUCUUGAAAGUAGGAGGAUAACCUCAGGACUUUUGACCGAUAACUUGGGGAGCCAUUGCAGCGGGAUGUUACGUUUUCAUGACAACCGGUCAAAGUUCCAUGUAUGUUGUGAAGAUCAACUGUUAUAUGAAAGCGAAUCCCAAAUGUUUAAGUUUCAAGUGCUCUCUCCUGUGUUUUUCUUUCCUCCAUUCCAAAGUUCCAAACAUCAACAGUAGAGUUUUUUUUUUUAAGUGGCAGGAGAGAUGCUAACAAAAACAAGGCCAGAGUUACUAAGAGAGUACAUAUAACAUUUUUUUUCA